AUGGGCACGAAUUAUGCACUUUUGAAACGAAGUACUUUGAAAGAGUUACUGGAGGCAAGGGGAACAGUAGCCAGCAACAAGGUUAUAUUAAUCGCAGAGCUAAUGGAAGGAGACAGAGCCGCGGCUGCUGCAGCACCUCCAAGGGAGGAGGAGCCAACAGAAUUUGAGAAGGAAUACAGGAGCAGGAUGGCUCUACUUCCACCAGCGCUAUAUGACCAGAUGGCUGACCGAGUUUUUGGAGAUGUGCAGGAAUACAUCAUGCUUCGGAGGUCGCAGAUGAACCAGCAGACUGGAGAAAGAGCCACGACGCCUGUUAACAUCCUGCCAGGGAAAGCUAAAAUUCCCUACCAAGCUUUUAAGAGCUAUUCAGAAGCGGAGGGUGAGGUAGAUGACUACCUGCAGGAUUUUGAACGGUUAUGCCAGUUGCACAAUAUCAGUGCGGAGGAUCGGGUACCCCUACUGGCAGGGAGACUAUCUGGUCGCGCCGCAGAGGCAUAUCGUGCCAUACCUGACGAGGACAGUACAAACUAUGCCAAGGUAAAACAGGCCAUUUUAGCUAGGUAUGUGAUUACCUCCGAGGCCUACCGACUAAAGUUCAGAGACAUUAAAAAGCUCGCCAGAGACACUCACACAGAAUGGGCACACCGCCUACAACGAGCGGCAAAGGGGUGGUUGGAGGCCACCCAAGUUAACACCCUGGAAGACCUGUUCCAACUCAUGGUAAUGGAGCAGUUCUUUGACGGGAUACCCGCGCACCUGCAGAAUUGGGUGCGGGAUCGGAAGCUACGUCAGUAUCUCACGCUCUGUAUAUUACUUACAGGUGAUGUGGACGCUGUUGUCAAUGUGACAGGAAUCACCGGGAGAUCGGUUCUAUUAGAAGUGAAUCCUCCACCCCCAGAAACUUCUCUUAUAACCUGGAUUUUUAGCGCCCAGACUGUGGCUGUGAGUCUUCCUUCUCUUCGUUGUUACGAUAAUUUGAUAGGAAAAUGUCAGCUUUAUGUGAACGGAUCCCUGAGAAUCGACAGCGUCAACUCCACUAAUGAGGGGUCUUAUACUCUGACUGUAGUUCCAGAUUCUUCACCACCUGAAACUACAGAAUACCGGCUCCGGGUGUACGCUCCUCUGGAUAAACCCGUCCUCAGGAUUAGAUCGGACUCCAUGUAUGUCGUCAGUGGCACCAAUGUGACCCUCCUGUGUGACGCCGGGGGUCAGACUGUGACUACUUACACCUUCUAUCGAGACCAGACGCCUAUAUGCACCGGGCCCAAUGUCUCCUGCAGCGGAUCAUCCCUGGACUUCACCCCGAUAUCUGAGAUUUACAAUGGGUCCUACACCUGCCGCAAUGAGAACCCGGUCAGCUCCAACCUCAGCGACCCCAUCAAUGUGACCGUAUCAUUUCGUAUAUCGGAUAUAUCACUGACGGUGAACACAUCAGGAGUGGUUUGGCCGGGAUUAGACUCGGUGUCUCUGCGCUGUUCGGCCCGCGGUACAAAUGUCAGCUACUCCUGGAGCCUGGACGGGGCGGCCCUGCCUGCGGAGCCACAUUACGUGCUAAGUGCAGAUAGAAGCGUUCUCACCAUCAGCCCGGUGUCUUCUAAGGAUAAUGGAUCCUUCACCUGUACAGCCGCGAACAGUAUAAACAACCUGACCAGCCCCGAAGUCCUCCUCCACCUCGGCUGUGAGUAACCCCGACCAUGACUCCUCAUUACAUGUCCUCAUAUGU